AUGGCGGGCUUUCUGGUUGCCAGUUGCAUGUGCGGGCGCAUGGCAGGCCUUGGGCGGGCCGGGGCGGGAUGCUUUUUGGGUUGGCGUGGAGGAGAAAGCAUGGCGACGCGGUUGCCAGGACAAAGAGGCGCCUCACUGGGGCAGCCCGUUGACCGCAACAACACGACGGCCGGGACACGGACGGAGAGAGACACACACAGGCACGCCCACAGUAGCGUUGCUGUUGCUGCAGCUAGGGGCUUCUUUUUUCUCUCGCAAUGGUCGAAUUACGUGGCCUGGCCCCUCAUUUCCGAAGAUGCCAAUCCAAUCGAAUCCACCCGAAUCGAAUGCAAGCCGUCCAUAGAUGCGUCGUCCAUGGCAUUAUCAGACACGGGGGAUGUGCAUGGCCAGGCACGGCGCAUGCAAACAGGUGCUUUUUCGACGUGUCGUGCACAAGGCGCUGCCACGACACAGCAGGGCGGCGGCGACUACUCGCCUACUGUGCUGCCGGCUACAAAAGAUGUAGUCUCGAGCGUCCAGCGCGCCGUUGAGCGACGAUGCAACUCCUUCUACUUACACAUGGACAAGGGCACGCAACCAGGCAACCCCCAGGAACCUCAGUGCCAGGAAAUGGCUCCCAAUCCGGCUUACUACGGCUCCGGCUGCAGCGCAACGGAGAUGAAUGCUCGCUGUCUGCUCUUGACAUCUCUCUCGCCCGCCACAAAUGCGCUCCUCAAUGUCUCCGGCAUGGGUUCUCGCUCCACGGCCGGUCCAGCGCUCUUGAGAUCGUGGUUCUCGUGGUUCAGAGGCUCGCUGCUGCUCCGAUUGGUCGGCCCGCCCACAGCCCUUCUGGCCCUCUACCUCGAAGUCUACGGCAGCUCCCCAGCCGCCGCCUCGCUUAUUCUUCACCGACUCGCUCGCCGCUUUCAUCUCCCAGCCCUCUUCUGUGCACUCGCAACCACGCAACGUAGGCCGAAUCCUCUGUCAGAUCGUGGUCCACCACCUGCCAUGGACCGAGCACAGACACAAACCCUGCACCACAAAGGGGCAGACCCGUCAUCCCACGCCGAAAUAUCAUCUGCCCACGCCGCCUCCGUGCCCGCCUCUCCCUCCCAACCUCCUGCAAAAGCCAUGUCGGCGCACUCCCGCUCAAAGACGGUGGACAUUGUCGGCCAGGGCAAGCGCCUCUCGCUGCAGUUCCCUAUCCAACCCACUGCAUCCGCAGCCACGCCCGCAUCUGCCACACGCACGCGCCCCCAGUCGUGGAUGAAUGGCACUUCACCCACUCCCUCGCCCGAGCCCCAGGAAACGCCCCAUGAGACCAACAUUCUCGCCGUUCUCGCCGCCCAGGAACGCUAUGUGCUCGAGCUCAAGGAGGAGCUGAGCAAGGCAGAAGCCGACCUGAACAUGCUCAAGUCGCAUUGGGCCCGCCAUGAAGCCAGCAAGCGCCACAACCAGGUGCGCAGAGUGGCUCCACUGCAACCUCUGGACACUUCGCUUGCAAACUCCCCGCCCACCCUGUUCGACGACGACGAUGCCUCGGGCCUGUCAAUGCAAAAGGAAAUGGAGCGCAGGAAGAACCUCCUCAGCCACUCCAAACCCGCACAACGCAAGGUCUUCAGCGGCUCGCGCCAUUUGCGCACCCUAUCGCUCCUCUCCCCGGACCGUGUCGACUCGCCUUCCUUCCCCCACACUGCCGACCUUUUGGGCAACCAAUCCCCCAACAUGCGACCUCUGCAUUCUGCCCGAACAUCCACUUCGUCAGAAAUCACGCGCCCACUAGUCUCCCCCGCAGAGCAUGACCGUUAUGACAUGGGUGGCAUGCCAACCAUCCAGCGCGAGCAGCUCAUCCGUGCCGGCACACAAAUGGCCACCGACUUCAAGAAGGGACUCUUUACUUUUAUCGAAGACAUUCGUCAGGCUACCGUUGGCGAUGAGGCAGUCCACACCACCGACUCUGCUUCUGGUUCCGCUAGCGCCAAGGGUUCCAAGACUAACCGCAAAUCGUCUGAAACUCGCCCCCCACUUAGUCGCUCUGCUAGUUCCAAAAAGUCUACGCAACAGACCGGCUCCUUUGGUGAUGACUUCUGGAAGGAAAUGGGCCUCAGUGACCCCAAAGCUACGGCCACGAACAAGAAAACGCAGGCAGUCAAGAACACAAACACUCCACAAAAGCAAAUACGCAAGGUGGCUUCAGAAGAAGACUGGGAUAAUUGGGACACCCCCAAUGACUCGCUCCUAGUAGACGUCACAGAUCCCAAGGACAGUUCCGACGACUCUGAUACCCACAAUUCAUCCAUCUCCGGCCUAGACAGCUCCAACACCAGCAGCAGCGCCAGAUAUCAUGCCAAGCGCCAUGAUUCCAAAGCCUCGUCGCUCACCUCGAUCAAUCAAGACGACUUUGUACCCCGCGAACAAAAGCGCUCUUCCAUCACCUGGCCUGACAUGACAAAAGUCUCGCCCAGCAACCUGAAGCGUACGGCUUCGCAUCUGAUGAAGGAGUGGGAGAAGCAGCUGACGCCUCCCCCAGAGUCGAGGAACCAAGACUACGCCCACGGCGACUACAUGAAUUAACGAAGGGUUUUGUAACAUUCCCACUAGUGAUAUCCAGCAUUAUGAAGCCACGCCACCACACGUCAGUGUAUUAUUCAAUAUUGACCACAUGUAGUAGGCGGUUUUUGCAAGUAGCGUUUGAAAAGCAUGGCGUUGGCGCAAUUGUAAAUAAAUCGUUGAGACCUAGCUUCGGGCAGACAUGUAUUGUCGAUAGAAGCAUAAUGAACAAAUUUGAGCAGAUUGAUAAAA